AUGCAGAUUAUACAACAGUUUCUCACUGCAAUAACUGAGGAAAAUACAGACACAACCAAUAGCUCAGCACAGAAAAUGAUUAAAGAACUUGUGGGAUCAAUAAAAAAUAACAAAUCAAAAAGAGUUGAAGGAAGUUUAAUAUUUGAAAUCAAUCCUUCUUUAUAUAUUUUACCAAAAUCAAUAAACGAAGAAAAAGAAAGUACCAAAUGGGAAAGCUUUGCAAGAGAAAAAGGAAUUAAAAAGAAGAAGAGAUCGAGAAUGGUUUUUUCUGAAAAAUUCAAUAAGUGGUUACCGAGGUAUGGAAGCAGAAGUGAGCAGAACCUUAUUUUACAGGGUGGCGUUGUUGAGGUUAAGCAAAGCAUGUCUAAAAUGAUAAAUGAAAAAAGAAAGAGAGCAAAGAAGAAUAAAGAAAAUGCAGAGAAAAACAAGAAUAAGCAUCACUGA